UUUCAAAGAAUGGACAAACUAGAGAACACAUUCUCCUUUCAUACACUCUUGGUGUUAAACAAAUGAUUGUUGGAGUUAACAAGAUGGAUGCCAUCCAAUACAAACAAGAAAGAUAUGAAGAAAUUAAGAAAGAAAUUAGUGCAUUCCUUAAGAAGACUGGAUACAAUCCAGACAAGAUUCCAUUUGUCCCAAUUUCAGGAUUCCAAGGAGAUAAUAUGAUUGAACCAUCAACCAACAUGCCAUGGUACAAGGGACCAACAUUAAUUGGAGCACUUGAUUCAGUCACUCCACCAGAAAGACCAGUUGAUAAACCACUUAGACUUCCACUUCAAGAUGUUUACAAGAUCUCAGGUAUUGGAACAGUACCAUGUGGAAGAGUUGAAACAGGAGUCCUUAGACCAGGAACUAUUGUUCAAUUUGCACCAUCAGGAGUAUCAUCAGAAUGUAAAUCAGUUGAAAUGCAUCAUACUGCACUUGCACAAGCUAUUCCAGGUGAUAAUGUUGGAUUUAAUGUCAGAAACUUAACAGUUAAAGAUAUUAAGAGAGGAAAUGUUGCAUCAGAUGCUAAGAAUCAACCAGCUGUUGGAUGUGAAGAUUUCACUGCACAAGUUAUUGUUAUGAAUCAUCCAGGACAAAUUAGAAAAGGAUACACCCCAGUUCUUGAUUGCCACACUUCUCACAUUGCAUGUAAAUUCGAAGAAUUAUUAAGCAAGAUUGAUAGAAGAACUGGUAAAUCUAUGGAAGGAGGAGAACCAGAAUAUAUUAAGAAUGGAGAUUCUGCUCUUGUUAAGAUUGUUCCAACUAAACCACUUUGUGUUGAAGAAUUUGCUAAAUUCCCACCAUUGGGAAGAUUUGCUGUUAGAGAUAUGAAACAAACAGUUGCAGUUGGAGUUGUUAAAGCUGUUACACCAAGAGCUUCUAAUGCAGCAGCCGCUGGAAAGAAGAAAUAA